AUGGUCUCGUUCGACAAUAAAAGUUUAUUGGAGAUUAAUUCGGAGCAAUUGGAGGAUAAAAUUGUGAUUUAUACAGCCACCGCCAUUUGGGUCGUUAUUUUAAUUCUAGGUCUGAUUACUGUAAACCUAUUUUUGUAUGUAUUAUAUCGAGGGAGGAAGACGUUUGUUGAGUACCCCUUUUUCCUGAUCGUCCGUCACCUGGUGAUCAUCAACAAUAUACACCUGCUUGCCCAGGCGACCCUGGUGCUCCCAUUAAUGGUGAUCGUCUACACCGAGGAGACGAACGGGAUCUUUUAUCUCUGGAGUACAAUUGGGACGCAAGUCACAAAGUUCACCGGUGAGGACGCCUGCCUU